AUUUUCGUGGUUCUCUUUCCUCGCGGCGUUGUUUUUCUUUUAAAACACCCCCGGUCCGCGCGGCGCGGGGCCCCCCUGGAAAGCGCAUCCGGGCUUGAACCCCUGGGCUCUGCCUUCGCGCCGGGUGGCCGUCGUCUCGAAGUGGGUGGCGAGUGUCUUGUGAGCUUGGCUCUUGCAGGUCCUGCGCACUUGAUUACAGGCUCCGUGCCUUGCCCUCGCUGAAAUGGCGCCACGGCGUCCCGGAGCCGCGGAGCAGGGGGGUGGCUCUGCGGGGCCGGCGGGCGCCGGUCCGGGGAGGCGCAGGCCCCCAGCCCUGGGCCGGUUUUCACACGAGCCGGCUCGCCUCUUAAGAAGCUGUGGCGCCUUCCAGCCUCGUUUCUUGGAAUUACGGCCUCCUCGGGGUCUGCAGGGAUGGAGAAGGCCGUGGAAUUGCAGGGAACUAGGAGGAGAGCAAACGGGAGCCGUGUACGAGCGUGGCAGCGCGGACGGUGGCGGCUGCGGGAGGGGCAGAGGAAGGAGUGUCGAGCAGGGUGGUUGGAAAGGCAGAACUCGGCCGUGUUUUCAAUGCUUUUCCUGGGAAGUGUAACCUCUCCCGGGCUAGACCACGCUUCGUCCCUUACCAGGGGCGAAGGCAGAAGCUGGGAGGCCGGUGAACUGGAAAGGACUUCAUGCGUAGCUGUGCUUUGGUUAAAAACAUGACUCAGUCCCCCAGCGCGUGCUCUACGAUAUUCACCGCCUGGGCCGCGGGGUAUUUGAACUUUGUCACUUGCCUUUCUCAUUUAUGUUUGCAAUCGUGGUUGAUGAUUACAUUGAUAAGCGUAAGGGCUCGAGCGAAGGGGUUCUACCUGGUUUUUUGUUUGGCCCUAAGCACGUUUGUACAAUAACUUUGUUUAUAAUCGAUAGUGCACAUCAGGUAAGUUGGAAAAAACUAUGAGGUAAGUAAUGAGUUUUUGCUUUUUUAUAGAGAUUGGUAAGGAUUGUUGUAGAUAGAUAUAUAUCUCAUAGAGAAGCCUUUUUUGCUGGAUAUUUAGAGUAAAAUUAGCUGGAAAAUGCAACUGCCGAUCUUGCUAGAUACUUAUCUGCAUGGCUCCUAGGAGUAGUUUGAUAAUUUCAAGAGUUUUCCCCUCCCAGUUUGGGCAGAAUCCAGGGAGCUCUUAACUGUGUAGGGAGAAAAAUCUGAGUUGGCUUUCACGUCUGUUCUCUUUGAGUGCGUUGACAGCCUCAAAACUGGGAUUGAGAUCGUAAUGCAGCUUACUAAGAACAAGGCUUUUUUUUUUUUUUACUUGUAAAAAAACAGGUUUAAUGAACCACUCUGAUAACUGCUAAGAUAAAGAGCUGCUUAAUACAACACAUUUCUUUACUAGUUUGCAGAUGGUAGGAGUACAGCUCAGAUUUUUUUCUUUCUGCCCUGUAAAAUUUGUGAUUUAAUGUGUUUUACUUAUCGAAUAGGCCACCAAGUUCAAUAAGCUGAGCUUUUGCCAUCUUUAAUGGAUUGUGGGGGAAUAAAGGCUAGUGUUAGAGUAUGUAUAUAACUAAAAUGUGGAACUAUUUCAGUUGAAUGCUUUUUAUGUAUAGAUGAUGGUUAGCUGAGAAUUUCAGAUAUGAAAUAGUGCUGCCAACCAAAAAUUGUUUUUAAACUUGUAAGGUUUACAUGCUGCUCAAAAAUAAAAUUUGCCAUGUUACAGCACAGAUUAGAGUUCCUUUUAUGCAUAUUUUGAAUGUAUAAGUUUUUUCUAAAUUGAGAAUUGUAAUGUUUGGAAAUUUGAAUCAUCUUGUAGUGUUUUUGGUGGAGAUACUUAGAAUCACCAUGGUGGGGGUGAGGGGCAGCUUAUGGAAAUUGGGUCUUAAGUAAAGAACCAGAAGUUUUAUGUUAUAUAAACUGAGUAAAUAACUUGUAGGUUUAAGUUACGUAAUUUGUGGAAAUUUGAUAAGAAACCUUUAGUAAUCAUUCAGGGACCACAGAAAAGAUUGUUCCUUUCUCAAUGUUUUUAAAAAGUAAUACUGUUUGUUUUUAAGUUAAUUUAAUGUGUGCAUUUAGAUUAAGCGUUAAUGAUUUUGAAGCAAAUAGUUUAAUAGCAGUUAGGCAGUUUUUUGGUAUAACACAACUAAUAUGCAGUUUAACAUAUGGUUUAAAUUUGAUGUAAGUUUUUUUUUUCCCCCCCAGAAAACUUUAGAAACUGUUCCUUUGGAGAGGAAAAAGAGAGAAAAGGAACAGUUCCGUAAACUCUUUAUUGGGGGCUUAAGCUUUGAAACCACAGAAGAAAGUUUGAGGAACUACUACGAACAAUGGGGAAAACUUACAGAUUGUGUGGUGAUGAGGGAUCCUGCAAGCAAAAGAUCAAGAGGAUUUGGUUUUGUUACUUUCUCAUCCAUGGCUGAGGUUGAUGCUGCCAUGGCUGCAAGACCUCACUCAAUUGAUGGGAGAGUGGUUGAGCCAAAGCGUGCUGUAGCAAGAGAAGAAUCUGGAAAACCUGGGGCUCAUGUAACUGUGAAGAAGCUGUUUGUUGGUGGAAUUAAAGAAGAUACUGAGGAACAUCACCUUAGAGAUUACUUUGAAGAAUAUGGAAAAAUUGAUACCAUUGAAAUAAUUACUGAUAGGCAGUCUGGGAAGAAAAGAGGCUUUGGCUUUGUUACUUUUGAUGACCAUGAUCCUGUGGAUAAAAUUGUAUUGCAAAAGUACCACACCAUCAAUGGUCAUAAUGCAGAAGUAAGAAAGGCUUUGUCUAGACAAGAAAUGCAAGAAGUCCAGAGUUCUAGGAGUGGAAGAGGAGGUAACUUUGGUUUUGGAGAUUCACGUGGUGGUGGUGGGAAUUUUGGACCAGGGCCAGGAAGUAAUUUUAGAGGAUCUGAUGGAUAUGGAAGUGGACGUGGAUUUGGAGAUGGCUAUAAUGGGUAUGGAGGAGGACCUGGAGGUGGCAAUUUUGGAGGUAGCCCUGGUUAUGGAGGAGGAAGAGGAGGAUAUGGUGGUGGAGGACCUGGAUAUGGCAACCAGGGUGGGGGCUACGGAGGUGGUUAUGACAACUAUGGAGGAGGAAAUUACGGAAGUGGAAAUUAUAAUGAUUUUGGAAAUUACAACCAGCAACCCUCUAACUACGGUCCAAUGAAGAGUGGAAACUUUGGUGGUAGCAGAAACAUGGGGGGACCAUAUGGUGGAGGAAACUAUGGUCCAGGAGGCAGUGGAGGAAGUGGGGGUUAUGGUGGGAGGAGCCGAUAUUGAGCUUCUUCUCUUUGCCUUGGGUAAGUAGCUUUUGAGUUUUACAAUUAUUAUUAUCUUGGGAGACCUAGCUGCAGGAGUAAAAGCUUUUUAGGAUCAUGUUAUCUUUCCUUAAAAUCUGGGUAGAUGGAUAAUUUCAUAACCUAUUUUUUUUUUACUCUUUACUUCUGUUGAAACAGGCUUCACUGUAUAAAUAGGAGAGGAUGAGAGCCCAGAGGUAACAGAACAGCUUCAGGUUAUCGAAAUAACAAAUGUUAAGGAAACUCUUAUCUCAGUCAUGCAUAAAUAUGCAGUGAUAUGGCAGAAGACACCAGAGCAGAUGCAGAGAGCCAUUUUGUGAAUGGAUUGGAUUAUUUAAUAACAUUACCUUACUGUGGAGGAAGGAUUGUAAAAAAAAAAAUGCCUUUGAGACAGUUUCUUAGCUUUUUAAUUGUUGUUUCUUUCUAGUGGUCUUUGUAAGAGUGUAGAAGCAUUCCUUUGAUAAUGUUAAAUUUGUAAGUUUCAGGUGACAUGUGAAACCUUUUUUAAGAUUUUUCUCAAAGUUUUGAAAAGCUAUUAGCCAGGAUCAUGGUGUAAUAAGACAUAACGUUUUUCCUUUAAAAAAAUUUAAGUGCGUGUGUAGAGUUAAGAAGCUGUUGUACAUUUAUGAUUUAAUAAAAUAAAUUCUAAAGGAAAUUGUGUAAUUAUAGACUUUUUAUUUUAAAUAAGUUAAGGAGGGGGUAGUAUAAAUAAGGUCCAUUGCAAAGCUGUUGUUAUAUUUGUGUAAGAUAAAUGCUGGUCAGAUGUAAGUGUGUUGUCUGCGAUUCAUCAGGAUUAAAUUAUCUAGAUGACUUAAGGGAUAUCUCUGCAAGGAGAAACACCUUUUUAGAUCUUUUAGAUGCUGCUUCUUCAAUGCAAGGAAAGGAAAUAACCCCAGCGAGGUACUCUUCAGGGACACAGGUCUAGUACAAGAGAACUCUUGACGGCUACUAAGUUCAGCCAGUCUUAAAAAACUGUGCUGUUUCUACAAAGCUUUAACUACAGUAGUUUAUAAGGAUGCCAACGAAAGCUGAGGGUGUAGAGCAAAAUAGUUCUAAGCUUCAGUUAAACUUCUUUAGGUAAGAUCUUAUUUACUUUUCCUUUCUUAAUUUUCCUCCCUAAAAGAUAAACUAAUACUCUUCAAUGGUCUUUCAGUAUAGUGGUUCUUAUGUAGUGUAACAUAGCUAUAAAUUGAGUUUAACAAUUUAUAAACUCAACUUGAGAGAAUAAUUUUUAUGAACCCUGUUUUCCAAUCUGUCAUUUACUUAAAUUAUUUUGGUUGUUUUCCCUUUUUUUUCCUUCUUUCCCAUCCCCUCUCCCUCCAUGAAGAUUCAGGUGCUUAACAUAUCAUUUUUUUCCCUGCUGGAAUUUUAGCAUUGAUAUGAACCAUGGACAAGUAUAUUCUGCUGCCACAAAGACUGUAAAGUGCUUCAUUUCAACAGCUGAGGCAAGCCAAGUGAUCAUUAAUAAAGCUUUUCUUGGUUCCUUCAGUGGUGUUGGUAGUAAAAUGGAAGGUGUCUUGCUGCAGGUAACUAAUGAAGAAGUGGUCAACCACAGAGUCUUCAAGAAAUAAGAAAUUCUGUACCAUCUGAAAGUAGUUCUUGUUGGUGCCUUCAUUUAAGAAGCACUCUUAAGAUAAAAGGGAAAUGUUUUCUGAUAAAAACAAAAUCUUCAUUUAGUACAGGUUCUUCAUUUUAAAAAUUAAAAAUGAAUGUUGUUUGUAAAACUAACAUUCUCAAAUUAGCCAGAGAUAAAUGUGUCAUGUUUUUAAUUAGGUUUUGUGAGUAGAGAGAUUAAAGUUCUAUUUUAAAUACAAAGUUUAUAAAAUAAAUACUUUUGUACCCAAACACGUGGUGUAAUGUUUACACAUAAAAUGUGUGAAUCUUGUUAUAUAAACGUUUAGUUGUCUAAAAGAUUACCAUCCCCUAAAUUUUUAAAGCAGUUAAACAAAGGUAUGCAUAUUUCCAUUUUAUUUUUCAAUAUUAGACACAUUUCAGAAAAGCAUUGUGGGCAUUAUUGGCUGUCCCUAAUAAAAUGCUGUUUACCCACUGUA